AAGAGAAGCGCCGAAGAUCUAAGCCAGUUUCUCUCCGAAGCGGAUAGCAACAACUCUUGCAACAUGAUUGGUCUUCGCGCAGUUGUGCUGGCGGUGGCGAUGGCGCAUGUCGCGUCUGCUGGAAGAAGCUACGGCGGCGGGUUCGGCGGCGGGUUCGGCGGACGCCCUUCUGUCGGCUUCGGAGUGAGCUCCUUUGCUCAACCUUCUUUCGGUUUCGGGGGAGGCUCCUUUGCUCGUCCUUCUGUCAGCUUUGGAGGAAGCUCCUUUGCUCGUCCCUCUGUCGGGUUCGGAGGAUUCUCUCGGCCUUCUGUUGGCUUUUCUCGUCCUUCCGUAGGAUUCAGCAGCGCCUCCUUUGGGCGUCCUUCUGUGGGCUUCGGCGGGAGCUCCUUUGGGGGUUCUGGUGGACUGGGACUCGGCGGCGCCUCCUUCGCACGCCCUUACUCGUACGGACGGUAGGCGACCUGUGGGCGGGAUGGCACCGCAGAACCUGCAUCCCCAACGUUUUCUAAAGAUGUAGAUUCACACUGUACGGCAUUUAAUAAAGGACACCAUGUAUA